AUGAUGCGCAGUCGAAUUAACUCUAUUUCAGAUGACUCAGACAGUAGCAUCACAGUUUCCGAUGAAUCGGAUAUCGAAAGCAUUAUCAGCGAAUCUGAGGGAGAUGAAGAGGCGGGCUUCGACGAAAUUGACGAUCAGUUUUCUGAUAGCGAUGAUGGCAAUCAGGUUUUUGGGUCUGUAUUCCUUGAAGGAACCGAAAGUGCUCUCAACUUAAUGUUCUUCGCCGGCGGCAGCAUCGCUGGUGCCAUUGCCCAGACUUUCGACACCAAUAGGACUACUGAUCAGCCUAUGGCUCAGGCUGCUGGUGUGCCAAGCCUACUUAACGAUAUGGACAGCGUGGAUCUUGGCAGUGAUGAUAUUAGCACUGAGGUCCAUGCGAAUAUAUCACACACUCAAACGGAUGCUUUCCCCAGCACCAGGAAUUCCUCGGUAGCCAACACAACCGCGCCAUAUACAAGCAAAGCAUCGAAGGCUGUACGGGCUCUGGAAGCCCAGAUUGCCCGUGACAUAUGCCGCAAUCAUCUAAGCAUGCCUUUACCAGGACAAAUCUAUGGAACAACGUCUAACACAACUACUCGACUUGUCCAGGUGCCCCAUAAUCCAGGUUUCCUGGAAUGUCUAGGUUGGCGUCUUCGACGUACAUUCCUUCAGCCGAAUAUACAUACCCCUUUGCCCUCUCCCUCACACAUCCGCGUGCUUUUCAUCCAGCCUGGAGUGAAUGAGGACACUCUGGUGGCCUCGUUCGAACUCUUGGGUUUGAACGCAGCAAACAUUCGAUUUGAAGCUAUUUCUUACCAAGUCAUCGGUUUUGUUGGCAAGGACUACACUCAUGCGGGUAUGUGCUUCAAUGCCAUCAAAGCUUUGACUUCAGCAUGGUUCGAAGUUCGGAAAAGCUUUGGCCAAGAUGAUAGUACCUCUUCAACACCUGGUAACAUUUAUGGCCGGCUCGCAACGACUCUGAUUAGGAACAACAAAAGCUUGAUGACAAUGUUCAAUCGUAUCGAUAAGUUAAAAAAGUCUCCUGUCCCUUUCCAAGGAAGCCCGGACGCUCGGACUGGUCUGAUGAACGCUUAUCUCAUGUAUCGAAUGUCUUCAACCCAGUUUCGAGGCGAUUCAAUGUCGUUUUUGGAUGUCCUCCGACUGACGCGGAAUUUCGAUGUUUCAGAACGUUUGGAUCGAAUAUACGCUAUUUUAGGCCUUCCGAGUCGACACACGGGGCCAGGACGCACGUCUAUACCUCCAGACUAUCGCCUACUCCCAGAUGGGUUAUACAGUCGCGUCUUUUACUGGGUCUAUCGAACUCAUGAUGAACCCCUUGAGAUCCUCUCCGCGAUCCGACAUACUUCGCUAUUUUACCCUGACUUUCCAACAUGGAUACCACGUUGGCAUGUGAAACCAAUCAGGAGCAUUGGUAUCUCUCAUAGAGCUAGUAUGAAGUUUGAUGCGUCAGCUGGUUGGAAAUCAAAACCUCCGGCAAAGCUUGCUUGGAGUAGAAACGAGCGACAUUUGAUCCUCCAGGGAUUUGUCCUCGCAUCUGUAACAUCUGCUCACCGAGUGUUUCCUACAGCAAGCACGAAGGAUCGCCUAUCCCGUCAUAAGAAACUCAAAACACACAAUACCGGGCUGAAUCACUGGCUGAACGUGCAUGUGCAUAGCUAUGAUGAUAUACAAGCUCGAUUACCUCUCAUCUUGUCAUCUGGUCAAGAUUGGUACGGCAACAUCUUGAAGGAGCAGAAUAGUAUAGAUGAGCAUACUACAUCUUUUGUAAAGUGGAGUCAGAGGUACUUCAGAAACGCGAAGGCUUGUGAUGAAGAGGCUGUUAGAUACGGACAGGCUGUGAACAACGUGUGUCGCGACCGACAAAUAUUCACCGCGACGAACUGCUUGCUGGGACUUGGGCCUAAUCUUCUUAGGAAAGGCGAUUUGGUAUGUGUUGUUGCUGGAGGUCCGGUUCCUUAUAUUCUACGACCUUUGGGUGAUGAUACAUUUUACUAUGUUGGAGAGUGCUAUGUGGCUGGAUACAUGUUUGGAGAGGCCGUGGCGGAAUGGAGGUCACAAGCACAGGCUUCCUUGAGCUUGCGAAUAUUUACCUUGAGGUAG